UGGUCGGAUGCUGCGGGGAUGGUUCAGACAUAUAGCGACGAGAUGGUAAAGCGAUGGAAGGAGGAGAUUGACACCUACCUCGUAUUCGCGGGUCUCUUUUCGGCCGUCCUCACCACGUUCAACGUACAAUCGUACCUCCUCCUCCAGCCUGCCGCGCCCGACCCCUCCAUCGCUGUGCUGCAACAGAUCUCCUCGCAGCUCGCGAGCUUCUCCAUCCACCCUCCCUUCGUCAAUUCGACUCAGCCUUCAAGUGCUACCCGCGCGAAUGCAAACAACCCACCUCCUGUCCCGCGCUGGGCCGUAUGGCUCAACGCGCUGUGGUUCUCGGGCCUCAUCCUCAGCUUGUCCUCCGCGUCGGUAGGCAUCAUGGUCAAGCAGUGGCUCAACGAGUACAGCAGCGGCGUCUCCGGGAGAUCCCGUCAUGUUGCGCGGGUGCGCCAGUAUCGCCUAAACAACCUUCGAAUGUGGCGCGUCGAGGACAUCAUCGGUGCCAUCCCCAUCCUCCUUCAACUCGCCCUGGCACUCUUCCUCUCCGGAAUGCUCAUCCUCCUCUGGAACCUCCACGACACUGUUGCGGCUGUCGCAUCGACUCUAGUCGGCCUUCUUGCCAUCUUCACGGUUGUCACCACGCUUCUCCCUCUCGUCAACCACAAGUGCUCCUAUCUCACCCCCCAGAUCCGCGCAGUC